UCAUGUGUAUGUAUGUUAUGUUCAUCAUGUGAUGAAUUUUUCUCCAAUGACAAUAUUCUGCAAUCUUUACGCCUACUAGAUUCAUUGUAAACAUAGUUUUUUUAUAUGUGCCAUAUUUUACAUUUAUUUUUUAAAAUUUAAAUGGAUUCAAAUGGCGAUAAUAAACGAUCUGAUUGGAAAUUUUGGAAAGUAUCACCUUUGGCUAUGCAUCCUAAUAUUUCCGAACAAGUUUGGAGCGGCGUUUCACCAAAUGUCUAUAAUAUUUUUGGCACCGCCUCCCGUGUACCUGUGUCCCAACAAUAAGACUUGUUGUGAUGAUCCAGUGUAUGAUAGGACCCAGUAUAUGAGAACCAUUGUGACAGAGUGGAACCUCAUUUGUGGACGAGCUUGGUUAAAAGAUUUGACUCAAAUGGCCUUCCAGUUUGGUGUGCUAAGCGGAAGUUUGUUAUUCGGAAUUGCAUCAGACAAGUACGGCAGACGUCCAACCUUAAUAAUCUCCGUCAUAUUGGAAGUAUUCAGCGGGAUCAUGACAAGUUUUCUCCCCAAUUACUGGAGUUUCACCGUCGCUCGGAUGUUUUUGGGUAUCUCCGUAGGUGGCCUCAUGGUAGUGGGAUUCGUCCUUGUGAUGGAAUACGUGGGCAAAUGCCGAGAUACGGUGGCUGCGUUAUACCAUGUGCCGUUCACCGUCGGAUACAUGCUCUUAGCUUUAUUUGGAUAUUUCAUUCGAGAUUAUGUGAUUCUUCAAUUAAGUAUAUCUGCAGUAAAUAUUAUUUUACUAGUAUAUAUUUGUCUAUUACCAGAAUCUCCUAGAUGGUUAUUAGUAAAAAAUAAAACGGUGAGAGCUAUACAACUAUUGGAACAUGUCGCAAAAAUUAAUAAUUUACCUACCGGUGAUAUUGCACAGAAGAUUGAAUUAUAUCAGCUUGAACACAUUAGACAAAAGCGUGGAACAUUUAUCGAUUUAUUUAGAACACCAAAUUUAAGGAGGAACAUAUUGGUCAUGUCUUUUACUUGGCUGGUUUGUAGCUACUGCCUGUACGGUGUCACCUACUAUAUCAGUCACUUGGCUGGAGAUGUUUAUAUCAAUGUGAUCGCUAGUGGGGCUGUCAUAUUCAUGGGCUGUUUUAUUGUUAUACCUAUGAUGAAAUUUAUGAACAGAAGGACGUCACUUGUAAUUACUCAUGUGCUCAGUGGUGUCUGCCUAUUGGUUAUAGCCGUCAUUCCCGAUGGCCACGUGUCUGUUGGCUUUGGCUGUCUUGGUCUUUUAUUUACACAAAUAGUUUUUAUAAUCGGAUAUUUGUAUUGUUCGGAAAUGUUUCCCACAGUAGUUCACAACGCUGCAAUCGGUAUAUGUUCAAUGAUGGCACGUGUGGGCUCAAUGUUAGCGCCUUUUGUUGCGGAUUUCGGAGAGUUCGGGGAAUGGUGUGCUCCUGUCGCAUUUGGAAUCAUGCCCUUAGUAGCUGCAGCGCUUGGCUUAUUAUUGCCAGAAACAAAGGGCUGUGAAAUGAUGUUGACAAUAGAAGAAGGCGAAGCAUUGGGUGCAAGACCAACAAGAAGACCAGAAACAAAUGAAUCUAUUGGAAUAACUUAGAUAAAUAAUGUUGUAAGAUGUAAAAAAAUA